AUGAGCAAGAUGAAGAUAACACCAAUGAAGAGAAUGAAUUUGCAUCAACCUCUAAUAAGAGGUCAAGCUUCAGAAAGCCAUGAUGGUGAACCAAGUAGAUCUAGAAGUCGUGAUAGAGGCUGUAAUGAUGAACUAACUAGAGGUCAUGGUAGCGGUCAUGGUAGAGGCGUGGUGAUGAACCAAGUAAAGGUUGUAGUAGCAGUCACAGUAGAGGCUCGUUGUAUUUCUAUCGCUAUCAUCAUAUUAUAUAUUUUUAAUGGUAAUAUGCAAAAUAAGGAGACGGAGUCUCCUGCACGAACGAAAGGCAAUUACCUAUUAAAAGAGCUAACCUCCACGAUAUUAGAG